AUGUCCACCGAAGAGACUGUCAAGAAGACUGAAGAAGUCGUUGCUCCUAAGGAAGAAGAAAAGAAGUCUGUUUUCUCUGGUGCCUCCGCUACCACCGCCAAUGCCUUUUCCCUUUUUGGCGGUGCUAAGCCCAAGACUGCCGAGUCCGACGAAAAGGAAGACGCUGAUGGAGAGAAGAAGUCUGACGAGAAGGCUGACGAGGAGGAGCCCGAUGUUCACUUUGAGCCCAUUGUCAAGCUCGAGAAGGUUGAUGUCAAGACUAACGAAGAAGACGAAGAUGCCAUCUACAAGGUCCGCGCCAAGUUGUUCAAGUUUGACGCUGACUCCAAGGAAUGGAAGGAACGUGGUACUGGUGACGUCCGAUUCCUUAAGCACAAGACCACCGGCAAGGUUCGUCUGUUGAUGCGCAGAGACAAGACCCUUAAGAUUUGCGCCAACCACUACAUUCUCCCCGAGUACGAGCUUAAGCCCAAUGUUGGUUCUGACAGAAGCUGGGUUUACAACGUUGCAGCUGAUAUCAGCGAGGGUGUUCCCGAACCCCAGGUUUUGGCCAUUAGAUUUGGCAACUCCGACAUUGCCAAUGAGUUCAAGGCCAAGUUUGAGGAGGUUCAGAAGGAAGAGAAGAGCGAGUAA